AUGGACGAACCUAAAACUCAAGAACUUCGAUGGCUCGAUCCAAACAAAUCUAUCCGAAAGCAAAUGCUUUGCCCACCUUUUCACCUUUCGUUCCGAGUUAAAUUCUAUGUCAGCGAUCCCAGCAAACUUGCUGAGGAAUACACUAGGUAUCACUUCUACCUCCAACUUCGGUUAGAUAUUCUUGAAGGCCGUCUUCCGAGUGCUGAAGGGUCUUUGGCAUUGUUAGCCAGCUAUGCUGUGCAGUAUGCUCUUUCGAUUCUCUUUCGAGGUCGUCCAGAUACUUUAGAUGAGUACCAUCGGAACUACAAGGGAACAAAAACCGAACUAGGCGAUUACAACCCUGAAGAGCAUCCGGAAGGUUACCUCGAUAACUACCGAUUCGCUCCCGGACAAACAGCUGACUUUGCCAAAAAAGUUGCUGAGCUCCAUGCUAUGCAUCGAGGGCAAAGUCCAGCCGAGGCCGAGUUCAACUUCCUUGAUCAUGCAAAGCGAUUAGAUAUGUAUGGUGUUGAGCUUUUCCCGGCGAAGGUAGGGCUUUAUCAGUUUUACUUAAUUUUCUAAGA